UUUUCCACUCAUGCUUCACUCUGAGCCUUCACAGGUCAGUCUGUGAAGACCACAGAGAUUGUUUGUUUACAAGAGUGAGCUGGUCUCCCACCAAAGGAUGCAGGACUUUCUGGCUUCCAGAGUACACUGCACUUAGAGCACAGUCUCAGCCACCACGCAGCUGCAGAGAUGAGUGACCAAAGAGUAACCUACACAGAAUUAAAUCCGGUUAAGGAUGUAAAGAGACAGCACAUGAAACCUAAGGGCACUAAAGGUUCCAUUCCAGGAGCUGAGCGGGAACUAACCUAUGCAGAAUUAAAUCUUCAAAAUGCUUCUCAGGAUCUUCGAGGGAGUGACGAGAAUGACCACUGCAAAGCAUCCCCAUCACCUCCAGAGAAGCUCAUUGCUGGGGUCCUAGGGGUCAUCUGCCUUGUCCUGAUAUGCACUGUGGUAACAAAAGCUGUUAUUCACUUUAAUGUAAUACAAGAGCAGAAUAAUGCUUCCUUGAAAACAGGGAUCCAGAAAGCUAUACAUAAUCUUUCCUCAGCAUAUCAUUGUGGCCUAUGUCCACCAGAGUGGUUAAUAUAUUCCAACAACUGCUAUUACAUCAGCACUGAAAAAAAGACAUGGAAUGAGAGUUUGAGGGCCUGUGCUGCUAAGAACUCUAGCCUGCUCUAUAUAGACAAUAAAGAAGAAAUGGGGACAUAUCAGUGAAAAUAUUGCUGUGUGGAAUAUCUCAGAUUUCCCUGCCUAUGUUCUCCUCUAGGACUUUUAUGGUAUAGUGAUUCAUAUUUCAGUCUUUUAUUCGUAUUGAGUUUAUUUUUGUGUAUGGUGUAAGUUGGUGAAUGAGUUUAUUUAUUUAUUUAUUUUUGCCUGUAGCUCUCCAGAUCUCCCAACACCAUUGACUGAAGAGGCUAUUUUUACCUCACAUUAUGUUUUUGCCUCAUUUGUUGAAUAUUAAUUGACUAUAGAGACCUGGAUUAUUUCUGGGCUCUCUGUUCUGUUCUGUUGAUCUAUGGGUCUGUUCUUAUGACAGUUCUACAUUGUUAUUUAAUUGAUGAGGCAUAAUUUAUAGCAGAUGAUCAUUUCUUCAUAAACAACCAUAUAUGCAUGGAUCUAUAUGUAUUUUUAACACAAAAUUUAAGUUGUUCAUUUUUUGUGUCCCCAGAAUUAUUUUGGGUAUUUUUCUGUCUCUUUUUUUAGUCUCAGGAAAUAUUUAUACCUGUGUCAGUUUUCCUCAUAAAGUUCUAAAGGUCUCUGAGGCUCCAUUAAUUUGUCUUCUUUUCCCCUCUACUCUCAGGAAUCAAUCAUUUCUAUCACUUCAUCUUUAAUGUCAUCAAAUUCUUUCUUCUGCAUCUCAAAAUUUACGAAAAUGUAUUUAAUUUUUUAAUUCAUUUUCAAUUGAAAAUUUUUAUUUGAUUCAUUCAUAUAGUUUUUAUUUCUCUGAUUUUUGUCAUUACCAUCAU